UGAUCGCCGCUUUCUUUAUCUGAUAUCGUGAUUGUAUUUCAUUCGUCCUUCGUUAUUUUAUCUCCCCUCAAUCUUGUCCAGCCAUGCCCAAACUCAACCUUCGCUCCACUGCCGUGAAGCGCAUCAUGCAAGAGGCUGCAGAACUCGCAGCCGCCGACGUCGACGACGACGGCUUCGUCGCCGCCCCCUUGGAGGAUGAUAUAUUCGAAUGGCAUUGUACGAUGCGUGGAGUGCCGGACAGUGAAUAUGACGGUGGUCUCUAUCAUUUUCGCAUAGUCCUUCCUCCCUCUUAUCCCAUGAGUGCACCCGAUAUUAUUUUAUUGACUCCCAACGGGCGCUUUGAGCUUGGCAAAAAGAUUUGUAUCGAUGGCCUUACCAGCUUUCACGCUGGUUCAUGGCAACCAGCAUGGGGUGUUCGUACAGCCAUUGUAGGUCUUCGGUCGUUUUGGAUGCAAUCUGGCGAGGCUCUUUCUGCUAUCGGUGCUCUCGACCAUUCGAAAGAGGAAAGGAAGCGGCUUGCAAGGCUUUCAGCAGAAUGGAAAUGUCCUACUUGUGGUAUUAAAAACGAGGAGAUCAUGCCAAGGUAUCCGGCUGCCGUUGAUGAGAAAGAGGGAGGGAAGGGAGGGAAUGAAGAUGUCAAGCAGUAUAUGGACAGUGGAGACACAGUGGAUUACGCAGCUGCUUGUGCUCUUAAAGCUGAGCACAUAGAGGAGGCAGGAGAUAGAGGGCUCGACUCUGAACAUUUAGAGUCCCGUCCUACUGAACCGGAACCACAAGCGGAAGCCACAGAUUUACGGGCGUCAGCCUCUCCAGAGGUUAUCUCCACGUCAGCUGUACAAACUUCACCCUCGUCCACACAAAUCACUCUUGAACCCUGUCGCACUGUCCCGCUAUGGCUCGAUCACCUCAUUGGGGGAUUCUGUAUCGCCCUUGGGCUAGCCAUCUGCAAGCGAGUCGGGACGUACAUCUUGAGCUGAGCUGUUGAAUCGGCGGCGCGUUUCCGUAUCUAUUGAUCUUCCUUAUUGUAUCUAUCACACCUUGCCACACUCUAGAUGUAGACAUAUUGUCAUGUAUUGCACCCUUUUUUGUUUGC